CUGGCGCCCACCCAGCCCGAGGGGAGCCCCCAGGAUGCGGCUGAAGCCCGGCGCGCUCCUGCGCUUCUACAGCCUCUGCGGGAUCCUCGUACAAGUGGCUGCUACAAAGAACAGAGCUAGAGGAAGCCAAGGACAGUUUCCACUUACACAGAAUGUCACUGUUGUUGAAGGGGGAACAGCAAAUUUGACCUGCAGGGUCGAUCAAAAUGAUAACACCUCCCUCCAGUGGUCGAAUCCAGCUCAACAGACACUGUACUUUGAUGACAAGAAAGCUCUGAGGGACAACAGAAUUGAGCUGGUCCGAGCUUCAUGGCAUGAACUGAGUAUCAGUGUCAGUGAUGUGUCUCUGUCGGAUGAAGGGCAGUACACCUGCUCUUUAUUUACUAUGCCUGUCAAAACUUCCAAGGCUUUUCUUACAGUUCUCGGUGUUCCUGAGAAACCACAAAUUACUGGAUUUACCUCACCAGUGAUGGAGGGAGAAAGGAUGCAGCUAACUUGCAAGACAUCUGGUAGUAAACCAGCAGCUGAUAUCAGAUGGUUCAAGAAUGACAAAGAAGUUAAAGAUGUUAAAUAUUUAAAAGAAGAAGAUGCAAAUCGUAAAACAUUCACAGUCAGCAGCACACUGGAUUUCCUAGCAGAUCGCAAUGAUGAUGGUGCAGUUGUAAGUUGCAGAGUAGAUCAUGAGUCCCUAAAUUCUACACCUCAGAUAGCAAUGCAGGUUCUAGAAAUACACUAUACACCUUUAGUUAAAAUCAUUUCUUCCAAUUCAUGGCCUGAAGAAGGACAAUCUAUAAUUUUGACUUGUGAAUCCAAAGGAAAACCAGUGCCAGAACCGGUACUGUGGACAAAGGAUGGUGGAGAACUACCGGAUCCAGAGAGAAUGGUUGUCAAUGGCAGGGUCCUAAGCAUCAGUUUCCUAAACAAAACAGACAAUGGCACAUACCGGUGUGAAGCAAAAAAUCCUAUUGGCCGGAACAGCACAGAAUAUGUCCUGAUAGUACAUGAUCCAAAUGCUUUGACUGGACAGACUGGACCUGACCACGCUCUUAUAGGAGGAAUUGUGGCUGUAGUUGUCUUUGUAACACUAUGUUCUAUAAUUCUCCUUGGUCGAUACCUGGCAAGACAUAAAGGAACAUAUUUAACAAAUGAAGCAAAAGGAGCUGAAGAUGCACCUGAUGCCGACACAGCCAUUAUCAAUGCAGAAGGCAGCCAAGUCAAUGCAGAGGAGAAAAAGGAGUAUUUCAUUUAGAUGCAGAGCUAGAAUCUUGGAGUUUUACUUAUCAGGCUGACUGCUGGAAAAAACUGGCUAUCAUUUCUCAGAAUUCAUUUCUGCCAUCUUCUGCUAUCUUUAUUAACUCACACACCUCCUCUAAGUAGCCAGUUUAUGCCAACAAUCAGCUCUUGACAUCAUCAUUCUAUAAUUACAGUUUCAUGCAUAAAGCAGGACAUUUCCUAUUGCCUAAAAUUCAUAUCCACUGCUCUCUUAACAUACAGUGCUUGAAUAUACAGCCUUAACAAUGUUAAUCAUCAUCUUAAUCCAAGUUUUCUACACUUUUAAAUGUUAUGCAGGUUUCUUCUUUUUUCCUUUUUCUUUUAUCAUGUCCCUACGAGUAUGUCAUAGAACAGUAUUCAUAACAAAUAGUGUUAGGUAAAGGACCUAAUUUACUUACAUAAAAUUUUAAGUCUAAGAUUAGUGGUUUACAAAAAAUGUUUUAUACAUGUCUAUCUAUAAUUCAAAAAACAACUUGUUUUUGAAACAUAUGCCCUAGAAAACACAAAAUUAAAUCUUUUUAGUGUAGUCUCUUGUAUGUUUGUAUUUGGUAGGAAAAAAAAAAAAUCUGUCCACUGAAUUUUUUGUUUUGUUUUGCUUUGUUUUGUUAUAUUUUAAAUGGUACCUUGACAACAGUGCCACGUUUCAGUGAUAAAACCAUGCUAAAUAGGUAUUCGGAUUCUGCAAAGUUAGAUAAUAGUGCUUCAUCUGGAUAAAAUUUGUCCUGCCCCUUUACUGCUUUUUGGAAUUGCAAAGAUUAGGGAACUUUCUGAGUAAUUUCUGUUUUCAUAAUUUAUUUGCUUCACAUAAACUCACCUGCCUACUCGAAUUUGAAGUGUUCAUGGGCACACUGCAAGGCAUUUUAGUAUCUGUAUAUAGUGCAUAUAAUAAAUUCAGUUAAGCAUUAUUUGAUACAUAUUUAACUUUUUUGGUAGUAGCUAAGUCAGUCACACGUAAACAUUUUCUAAUGUUCAUUAUAUCCCUUUAGAUAUGACUCAAAUCAAUAUUCUGAGUAGUUAACAUGUAUUAGUAUCUUUUUGUCUGUAUGUCCUAGCACUGUUCAACAGCAAACUUUUCUAGUUCUUGUUAAUUUUUCUUUGUUAUACAAUGGAAGCACAAUGUUAUAUGGAAAGGUAGUUUUAAGCUAACAACCAGUGCACAGCCUCAGGUUUUAAAUUACAACCACAUUUGAUUACUAUCCUUAAAAAAUACUUUUGAGUUGCUAAAGUUAUCAAAUUUUUAAUUUGGCAGUUCCAGAGCUGCUUGUCUAUGUUGAUUUGCCAAAAAAA